ACCGUAUAUUUCUUGUGGUGGAUCCGGAUUGCAUGCACAGCUUGCUAUGCUACAGCGGCGGUGGCCGCGCCGCGCCCCCGCGGGACUUCAGCUAGAGUACGUGUACGGUAUGUAGCCUGAACGCUAUAGGACUCAGGAGAAGGACGGUGCAGAAUCCUCCAUAUUCGAUCUUAGAAUAGCUAGAAGCACUGUGCAUAAGCUGUUACAUUAAAAUGGCAUCAUCAGAGAGCAAGUUGUUUCUUGGUUUUGAUUUUAGCACUCAAACAGCUAAAGCAAUUGCUGUCAAUGAUGCACUUCACGUUGUUGUGGAAACCAGUGUUAACUUUGAUCAUGAUCUGCCAGAAUAUAGAACUGAGGGUGGAGUCCAUAUUCAUGAUGACCAGUUGACUGUUACCUCACCAACCAUCAUGUGGGUCAAAGCAAUGGACAUUCUCCUUGACAGAUUGAAAGCACACAAACUGGACUUCAGCAAAGUAGCUGCUUUGUCAGGAACAGGACAGCAACAUGGGAGUGUGUUCUGGGAAAAUGGAUCUCAGGCUGUACUGAACAAACUCCAGUCAGAUAAACUCUUAAAAGAGCAGCUACAGGAUUCAUUUGCUGUGAAAGAAUCUCCAAUCUGGAUGGAUUCUAGUACUGCUGUACAUUGUAAGAACCUUGAAGAUGCACUAGGUGGACCUCAGAAUCUUGCCAAUAUUACCGGAUCCAGAGCAUAUGAGAGAUUUACUGGAAAUCAGAUAGCUAAAGUCUUUCAGGAUCAACCGAAUGCUUAUGUAGAUACAGAGCGAAUCUCUCUAGUGAGCAGUUUUGUUGCUUCCUUACUCUUGGGUGACUAUGCUGCUAUAGAUCAUAGUGAUGGAUCUGGAAUGAAUUUACUUGACAUUAACACCAAGCAGUGGUCUGAGGCAGCAUUAUCUGCAUGUGCACCAGGCCUCUCCCAGAGACUUGGUCAGUCAGUACCUUCCUAUACAAAUCUGGGCAAAAUUUCAGGUUAUUAUGUAGAUCGUUAUGGUUUCUCCCCCGAAUGUGCCAUCAUUGCAUUUACUGGAGAUAAUCCAGGUAAGAUAGUUUAUUCAAUAAAAAAUAGAAGAUUAUUCACCACUUCACAUAUUGAAUACUCUGUAGGUACAUGGAAGGGCAAGAAGUACUAUUCUCUGGAAAGGAGCUUUUUAUUCUUCUGCUCAUUAUAUUUACAUUUUUCAGAUAUAUCCAGUUAAAAAAGAUUG